ACUUAAUUAGCCGUUAUUUUUGUUUAUGGUAACUAAGUUAAUCACCGAUCCAUUGCUAUAAUAUUUGUAACUGUUGAUUCACAUUCCAUUUCCCAUAGGCGAAGCUUUAAACUCUAUAUAUACCAUUAUAUAUCUCUCAAUUCUGUCUCUCAAUAUAUUUCAACGAGAGAGGAUGAUGGAGGAGACCAGCUCGCUGAUAAAGAGUGUGCCCGGAAAUAAUGGAGAUGAAGAGGAAGCAACAAUAAAGCUGGAAAUCGAUGAUCACACUCAUAGCUCAGUUGCAUCAGCACCAGCGGCGGCGGCACGGAUUAGCUUGAGCUCAUUCACAAAAGAGGUGAAGAGGGUGGGCUCCAUCGCCGGGCCAAUGGUGGCCGUUAGCUUCUCUCAGUACGCACUGCAGACGAUAUCCACCAUGAUUGUGGGCCACCUCGGAGAGCUUGCCCUCUCUUGCACUGCCAUUGCCGUCUCCUUUGCAGGCGUCACCGGCUUCAGCGUCCUCUUAGGAAUGGCGGGUGCGCUGGAAACGCUCUGUGGUCAAGCAUAUGGAGCUGAGCAAUACCACAUACUCGGGACUCAAACGCGAACGGCCAUCUUCUGUCUCAACCUCUGCUGCCUCCCUUUGUCUCUUCUCUGGCUGAAUGUUGAAAAACUUCUCAUCCUCGUAGGCCAAGACCCUUUAAUCUCUCAUGGAGCCGGAAAGUUCAUGCAGUGCUUGGUUCCUUCCCUCUUCGGCUAUGCAACUCUUCAGCCCCUCAUCCGGUUCUUCCAGAUGCAGAGCCUUGUGGGUCCAAUGCUUGUGAGCUCCAUCGGGACCCUUCUCUUCCACAUCGCAAUAUGCUGGAUCUUGGUGUUCAAGUCAGGGCUUGGGAAUCUUGGGGCUGCUCUGGCAAUUAGUCUCUCGUACUGGGUGAACGUGGUUUUCUUUGCGCUGUACAUUAAAUUCUCGCAUGUGUGCACAAAAACGUGGGGUUCCACCUCGAUGGAAAUAUUCCGUGGGGUGGGGGAGUUCUUCCGCUUUGCGAUUCCUUCUGCUUUGAUGCUCUGUCUGGAGUGGUGGUCAUAUGAGCUGCUUAUUUUGCUCUCUGGGUUUCUACCAAAUGCAAAGCUUGAGACUUCGGUUUUAUCCAUAUGUCUAUCCACAAUUACAACACUCUACACAAUACCCUAUGGACUCGGUGGUGCUGGAAGCACGAGAGUGUCAAAUGAAUUAGGAGCAGGAAACCCACGAGCAGCUCGAGUUGCGGUUUAUGCCACGAUGUUCCUUGCGAUAGCAGAGAUGAGCAUAGUGAGCACAAUCCUGUUUGUUGGUAGACGUGCUUUCGGGUACAUAUUUAGCGAUGACGAGGAAGUUGUGGAGUAUGUCACAAGAAUGGCUCCCCUUGUCUGUAUCUCUGUCAUCCUCGAUAGUUUACAUGGAGGUCUUUCCGGAAUAGCCAGAGGAUGCGGGUGGCAGCAUAUAGGAGCAUUCGUUAACUUUGGUGCUUUCUAUCUUUGUGGGAUCCCAAUAGCUCUUAUUUUGGCCUUCUGGGUGAAGAUAAAGGGAAUGGGCCUCUGGGUUGGAAUACAAACUGGUGUUUUCGUGCAAAGUCUUCUUCUAGCAAUCAUCACCGGCUGCGUUAACUGGGAAAGACAGGCAAGUAAGGCAAGGGAGAGGAUACAUGAUGGAAGCGUUUCUAAGGAUAUAUGAGGGAAGCGUUUCUAAGAAUAUAUGAGGGACUACAGGUUUUAGAUGGCCUUUGACAGUUGGUGUGAAGGAAAAUGAAGGAAAUAGUGCGGAGGAAAAUGAAGGAAAUGAAACUGCUUUGCCAUACAUUUUCAUGUAUUAUGCGUUUUGAAAUCUAAAGAAGUGAACAGUCGGUUCAUCAUAUUUUCACGGGGUAUACUCUAGUGCAACUUGCAUAUUGACCAGGGAUGAUUGUUCGGGUCUUUUCUUUUCCCGAUCAUCUCUUUUGUUGGCAAACUGAA